AUGCUGGUUAGUAUUCAAAAAAGCUUCAAGCAAAGGGCCAAAGAGGCUGGAGAAGUUCUCAGAUGAACGAGCUGCUUACUUCAGAUGCUACCACAAGGUCACGGAGCUCAACAAUGUGAAGAAUAUAUUAAGGAUGCCAAAAAGCACAAAGAAACACGCUGUGGGGAUUUAUUUCAGUGAUGACACCUCCAAAACCUUUGCUUGUGAGUCAGAACUUGAGGCAGAUGAGUGGUGCAAGGUGCUGCAGAUGGAGUGUCUUGGAACACGGAUUAAUGACAUUAGCCUUGGAGAGCCUGACUUGUUGGCAUCUGGAGUAGAGAGGGAGCAGAGUGAUGUGCAUGGGGAAUGUACCUUGCAGAUAACAUUUGAGAAUAUCUGUCUUUGGGACAUCCAGAAUCCCAGAGUUAAACUCGUCUCUUGGCCAUUAAGUGCCCUCCGACGCUACGGGCGGGACCCCUCGUGGUUCACCUUUGAAGCAGGGAGGAUGUGUGACACAGGAGAAGGACUGUUCAUCUUUCAGACCAGGGAUGGGGAAGCAAUCUAUCAGAAGGUUCACUCAGCUGCUUUGGCCAUAGCAGAACAACACGAGCGUUUGCUGCAGAGUGUGAAAAAUUCCAUGCUGCUUGGGUUAGGACUCCCCUCGGGGGAAGCAGGGCUUGCCCAGGACCAGGGGAGCACCAAGCUGCAGCUGAAGCUGAGCGAGCGCGCCGUGUCCCUCAGUGCCAUGGUGCCCCUGCCCCGCAGCGCCUACUGGCACCACAUCACCCGGCAGCACAGCACGGGGCAGCUCUACGGCCUGCAAGAUGUUUCCAGCCCAGUGAAGCUUCAUCGCACGGACACUUUUCCAACCUACAGGUCAGACCAUCGAUAAAAGACUGUAAAGAACUUCACAAACUCUUGUUUCCUGACCAGCUGCCCCAGUGGAUGACAGUGAUGAUGAUGAUAAGGAUGGAAAUGUGGAGAAGUCCAGGCUGGAUGAGAGAUUCUUGCAAUACCAAGGAUUUUCUAAACUUUGACAAAAGCGGAAACUAUUACUGGGGAGAGGAACAAACCCAACAAACCCUCUGGUGUAUCUUUUAUAUCUUACAGUUGGACAGAGAAGAAACCACUCCCUAAAUACUUCCAAAUGAUUUUGUAUGAUAGGUAUGUUGUAAAUAAAUGAGACUCUCCUGUGGUAGUGUGGUCCCAUUUUUGUCUCUUACAGCUGUGUGUUCACUGCUGUGUCACCCUUGUUUGUGGCAAUGCUUAUCUUUAGUUAUUUACAUUAUUGUUAACCUAAUCCUUGCCCUUUGGAAUGGUGGCCAGUUUUAAGCAGCUCUCGGAUACAAUUUUUCCUGUUUGAAGCCUGAUGAAGACUUGAUUGAUUUCUUUUAAAAGCACCCUCUCUAUCUUCUCUUUCCUGUAUUUAUUUCCAUCUCUGUAAACGUUUAAAAUAAAAAAGUCCCACUGAA